CAGAUUUUGCUCUAUGAAGGUAAAUCAUCUAAAUUAUUCAUCGUAUUAUAUCUGAUAUUAUGAGUAAAAUCUGUGAACACGGUUAAGCUUUUUGAGCUUUGGAACAAUUACCUAUAAAGACGACGGUAGGUCAUUUUUAAGUUGCAUGAGUAGGAAACUCCAAAUAUUCGUUGAGGUGGGGUGAACCAUUCAUAUUCAUAUUGCAAGUCUCAGAGUAUGAGGAUAUCAAUGCGAGGUUGACUAGUUUUUAUUGAAGAUAAACUAUAUUAGAUGGUUUACAGUAAUGUGUAAAUGUUUAUAGUAGACGGCUGGUAAUACAAUCAACAUUGGUGGACAUGCCUCCAGCAUCAGCAGCACAAGGAAUUUCACCAAAUGCAGGUUAUGACUUAAGUUGGCUGCUGGGAACUGACUAUGAAAGGAGGAAAACUAAACUACAGCAGGAGCUUCAACUGGACUACAAACAACAUGUUGCCAGGAAAAAGGACCCGAAAGCUAGUGAACCUUGUCUGCAACCCCAGGGUCUCUCUUUACCUAUUGCUGACAAAACAUCAGUUCAGGAAAAGCUACGUGAGGAGAGGAAUAAGGAAUACAACCUAUUCCUACAGAAACAAGAUCCAAACAGAAGGUUAAGGCGGGGUGUACCUCCUGCUGCUACAGAGCCUGAACAUUAUCAACCUUCAGGUGCUGUGUGCAUUUCCUCUCCAGCGCAUCUUUUUCCGAUCCCAGACACGCAUAAAAGUGAUCACCAUGCUCCCUGGGAGCGCCCUGCAUACAGAAGAGAUGCUGCUACUCUUACUGAUGCAGUGGAAGAUGGAAAAGGGACAGGGACUUGGGCGCCGGUCCAUCGGGGGCGAAAGCGGUGGCAAAUCAUUCAAACAAAUGAGCCUUGUAAAUCUGAGGAAGAGCUGAACACGGACAAGGAGGAGGAGUUGGAGUUCAAACACAGAAGGAGGCAUGACACGCACACUCCUGAAUACAAAGAGGAGAGGAGGAGCAGAGAGAACAGAGCUCCUCAGGACAUCAAGGAGGUGUGGGCCCCUAGUGUCUUGUGGAGUGUCAGGAUCUGUCUAUCUGUGUUAAAUAGUCUGAAAACACCAGACAAAAUGAGGACUGCUGCAAGAUCAAGACCUGCUAUCAGCCAGGAUAAAGCAGAGUUUGCUACGGGACUAAUAAUAGGAGCAACAGAGGAGCAGACAGUCUCUCAGCUGAGGAAAGAACAAUAUAAACAAGAGCUGCUGAAACAAAUUGCAGAACAGAGGAGGAACAAGAUCAGGGAGAAGGAGCUUGAGCUAAGGGUUGCUGCCACUGGAGCCACAGACCCUGAGAAAGAGCCUGACAGAAUUAAGCAGUUUGGGGCUGUAAAUCUGCAUUACGACAGGUGGACACAAGAUAUCUCCAAAAAGCCUGGAAUAGACCUGGAGCCCACAGAAAAGGACCCACGUUCACAGCCUAAAAAUCAUAAAGCCACUGAGGGCCCAGAGCAGAAUACUCCCAGAGGACUGUCUCAUGUGGACUACAACACAGCUCUCAGUCACCUGACAGGGACGACUUUGCCUGAGUCAGGUACAAGGGCAGCACAAGGUGUCCCUUCAUCCGGCUACUUUAAUGAGGACUACCACAGGUACUUUUCAAAUAUGCUGGGAGAAGCGGCCACGCAGAGGGUUCCUGCUGUUCCUCCUCCUGACCCUCCCACUGUAAAAAGUCAUUACAAGACUCCAUACGAUGCAGCUUAUUACUACUAUGGCACCAGGAAUCCAUUAGAUCCUAAUCUUCCUUACUAUCAGAAUGGUACCCCUGGACGGGAGCAGCAGUCUGGGAAUUUCUACAGUCCUCCUCAAAUACAACCUCCUCUCAGACCCACCAAAGCGCCUGACCAGCGCAGAAAAACCUCCCUGAAUGUAGGAGAGGUUCUGGCAGAGAACUCCAAGCAGAGGAGAGAGAGCGUUCAAAGCUACCAAGAAGCACUCAGACAGCAGAUCAAAGAAAGAGAAGAGUGCAGAAGAAGAGAGAAAGAAGAGAAGGAGCGUUACGAUGCCAAACUAGAGGGUGAGUUGAUGGCACACAAUCCGUGGGGGAGAAGUGGUGGAGGAGCUCCACUCAAAGACCAGAAUGGCAAUCUUAUUAGCAACCUGGCUCAAAUGCACAGGGCCAAUGAGGAGUCAUAUAGGAAUCCUGUGUCCAGGAAUAGUGGACAUACACAAAGCUCUCCUCGAGGUGAAGCCAAGGAGCCUCUUUCCCAUCGACUGUCAGGAUUCAGUGAGAACAUAUACAAAGACGAGCUGAAAAAACAAAUAGAGGAAAAGAAGCAAAAACAGGAAGAGGAGAGAGAACGGAUGAGGAUUGAGGAGGAAAAAGAAGAAAAGAGACUUGAAGGUCAACGGGCUCGCAUACAGCGGGACUAUGAGGAGGAGCAGCGGAAACGAAAGAAGGUGAAGCAAAAGCUGGAAAACCAAAGCAGGAUCCAUGAUGAUCCUAAAACAAACCACAGGACGGAAGAGAAGGUGAUGAGGAGGAAACAAGGAGAGAUUGACAAGAAGAUGCCUGAGAGCAGCAGAGACAGAGAGCUGAAACAGGCGGCGUUGAGACAUGAGAGAGAGCCAUCUCCUCCCAUCCCAACCUUACGGAAGAAGCAGACAAAUCCUGAGGCAUCCAGACCCUCCUCUGUAAUGAGCCAACUCUCCUCCAGGACUGAAUGCCCUGUGUCUUUACCAAGCAACCAAGAUGCCCCUGCAAAAAUACCCCAACUAGAAGAUGGCCAGCAGGAAGUGAUCAGAGAGCUGUCAGCCCUCCGUAGGUAUCUGUGGAAAGAGCAGAGACAACUGGAGGCUCAGCUGGGCAAGACAAAUUCACAGAACAGUAACUACACUCCCCCCAGCAGGCCCAGAGGGCGACCCAGAGUGGGUGCUUUUGAAUGGUCACCCAGGCAAGCUGCUCUACCACCAACCAGGAGUCCUUCUUCUGGUGCUGCACAAGUUAAUAUGCAAAACAUCAGGGAGUUCAACCAGCUUAAACACAGAGACACAGAAUCCAGUGAGGGGGUCCGUCACAUGUACCCUGACCCACCCACUGAUGCACAAAGUCUCGACAUCCAGCAGCAGGCACUUCUUCGAGAACAACAGCACAAAAUCAGGCGUAUGAAGAGAGAGGAGGAGCACGACUUUUGGGACCAAGAACUGAACACCUUUCAUGCUAGGAACAAACCUGGACGCUUCAUCCACAGAGACUCCAUAUUACCAUCUCAAAGUGCUUUUAUUGAUGUUUACAGCGGAGAUGCGAGUGACGAUCAGGUUCAUCAGCAAAGACAACAAAGAGAGAGGACAGCAACACGCCGGAGACAUGACUAUGAUGAGACGACUGAGUCUUUGGAUCAGAGGGAGCGUCUCGCUGGUGAUCACACCACCAGAUCAGAGCGGCUGUCUGGUGAUGAAGCAGAUGUCUUAUCUCUGCGCUCUGCUCUGGAGAGGGGCGGAUCCGUGGAGACCGUUGCCACAGAGCCCUGGCUGCGACCUGGCACCCCGGAUGAUGUGACACACACAGGCUGCAGAGAGAGGCAAAACAGUAGGAUGGAUACUCCACCCUGGCUGACAAACCGCAUCACAUAACUUCCAUCGGAUGGUGUCUUAACAUUAGAAAAUGCACUGCGCUGGAGUAGUUCUUAUUUUCUCUGGAUGUUUUCAGUGGAUGUCUGUGAACAAAUGUUGGAAUAGGCUGGAUGAUGUAGCCUCAACAGCUUGUAAGAGAGCAGAUUCUGCCUGUAGAAAUGUUGGAUGUUUGGCCAAUUUCUCUCAGCAUGAGAAGUGCACUUUGAACCCCAUAGAUUAGAUUUAGCUCUAAAUGUAAACAUACAUUACGUAUGCAUGUUAAUGAAGACCUUUAAAUGAUACCCUUUAUUUUUAUUAAAUAAUAACAUUCAUAUUUAAUUUUGUCCUGGGUCAUUAUUGAUGGAGAUCAUUAAACAGAUUAGUCAUUUAGAAGUCAGCCAUUCAU